CCGCGAGCCCCACAAGCAGACAGGCAGCGAACCCACCGUACCGACAGAGCCCAGCCGUCGGUCCUGGAGAAGAUGGCAGAGCGGCAACAACAGAAGCACGAAGGCAGGGUAAAGAUUGGCCACUACAUCCUGGGCGACACGCUCGGAGUGGGGACAUUCGGCAAAGUGAAGAUUGGAGAGCAUCAGCUGACAGGCCAUAAAGUGGCUGUGAAGAUCUUAAACAGGCAGAAGAUUCGCAGUCUUGAUGUCGUGGGGAAGAUCAAGCGAGAGAUCCAGAAUCUCAAACUGUUCAGACACCCACACAUCAUCAAGUUGUACCAGGUGAUAAGUACACCCACAGACUUCUUCAUGGUUAUGGAAUAUGUUUCUGGAGGUGAACUGUUUGACUACAUCUGCAAAAAUGGGCGGGUGGAGGACACAGAGGCCCGCCGUCUUUUCCAGCAGAUUAUCUCAGCUGUAGACUACUGCCACAGACACAUGGUGGUCCACAGAGACCUCAAGCCUGAGAAUGUCCUGCUGGAUGCCAGCAAAAAUGCCAAAAUUGCAGACUUUGGUUUGUCAAACAUGAUGUCAGAUGGUGAGUUUCUACGGACAAGCUGUGGCUCUCCCAACUAUGCCGCUCCAGAGGUCAUCUCAGGAAGGCUCUACGCAGGCCCAGAGGUGGACAUCUGGAGCUGUGGCGUGAUCCUGUAUGCUUUGCUGUGCGGCACGCUGCCCUUUGAUGAUGAGCAUGUACCUACACUGUUUAAGAAGAUCAGAGGGGGAGUUUUCUACAUCCCAGAGUAUCUAACACGCUCGGUGGCCUCACUACUGAUGCUUAUGCUGCAAGUGGAUCCCUUGAAAAGAGCCACUAUUAAAGAUAUCAGGGAACAUGAGUGGUUUAAGCAGGACCUGCCAGGCUACCUGUUCCCCGAAGACCCUUCAUAUGAUGCCACGGUCCUGGACGAGGAGGCUGUAAGAGAAGUGUGUGAGAAGUUUGAAUGUACUGAGUCCGAGGUUGUGUCCAGCCUCUUCAGUGGAGAUCCACAGGUACACUUACAGUGUGACCAGCUAUCAGUAGCCUAUCACCUUAUCAUAGACAACCGAAGGAUCAUGACCCAGGCCAGUGAGUUCUACUUGGCUUCAAGUCCUCCACAGGGUUCCUUCAUCGAAGAAGGCAUGCCAUUGCCCCCUGGAGUAAAACCCCAUCCUGAGAGGAUGCCUCCACUCCUGGCUGACAGCCCCAAGGCCCGUUGUCCUCUAGAUGCUCUCAACACCACGCGCCCCAAACCUCUGGCAGUGAAGAAAGCCAAGUGGCACCUGGGCAUCAGGAGUCAGAGCAGACCCUAUGAUAUCAUGGCUGAGGUUUACAGGGCUAUGAAACAACUGAACUUUGACUGGAAGGUGGUAAAUCCAUAUCAUCUACGAGUGCGGAGGAAGAAUCCAGUGACAGGCAACUUGGUGAAAAUGAGUCUGCAGCUCUACCAGGUGGACAACAGGUCAUACCUCCUUGACUUCAAGAGCAUUGAUGAUGACAUCAUUGAGGCUGUGGGCUUUAAAUCUGGUUCGUCCACUCCGCAGAGGUCAGGAUCCACAGCUGGCCUCCACAGACCCAGACUGAGCAUUGAUUCAGCGAGCCCAGCGAUUGAUCUGCCCCAGCUUAGCUCCUCUCUCCCUGGAUCCCUAUCUGGUAGUUCCCAUCUACUCACACCACGUCAGGGAUCACACACCAUGGACUUCUUUGAAAUGUGUGCCAGUUUGAUCACCACGCUCGCACGCUGAAGCCUGACGCCUCCAGUAGCGCAGAUUUCCCGGAGUGCGUUCGUCUUUCUGUCUCCUCACCCUCUCUGUUUCAGUUGUAUUGAACUGGAAGACACAAUAGAAAAUAUAAAGCAGUGCCCAUGUGGUUUUCCCAUCAUAAGAAGGAGAAAGAAAGAUCCAUUUUAUUUCAUUUUAUUUUUUAUACAGUUUGUGGGUCAGAGUCUUGAUGUUUAAGCUUGAAAGAACUGAUCCUGGGACUGUAGUCUUAUUGAGGCCAGCAAAACGAGAGGUUACAGUUUACAGUCAUGUCAGAGUCAGCAUAGAUGAAGCUCACCGUCACUCCACCAACAUUUACCAAAUGUCAUCACCCACCAUAACACUAGGCGGUGGGGCAUCCAGCUGAGUCUGCUACAGACACUUUUCACAGGUCAGUUCUUGUUUUUUAUUAUAAUUAGGACGUUGGUUAAACUCGACAUUCAAUCUGUCUGAAAAAGCAGUACUUCAUGUAAAAUGUUAACCGUAGAGUUUUAUAUGGUUUAUACCAAAAUUUUUGUUGUCAUGUAUAUUGUAUGUACAUUGAAAUCACAUCACCUAGCUGAAAAGGUUGAUAAAAGUAUACCAAAUAUUAGACUUUAUGCAUCCUUAAGAGGAUUGUUUUUAUUAUUUAGAUAUUAAGAUCCAUAUUUAUUUUUGAAAGAAUGUUUUUAGGCACUAUAAUUAAAUAAUUUAAGCAUUGCAUCAACAUAAUUUUAUUAUGACUUUGAAUAGAUUGUAGGCGAAUAAUGAACCUAGAGAGAGAGCAGAGUAGUUAAUGUUAACGCUCAUGAUCCUGGCCAUGUGCUGCAUUUAAUGCUGAAGCAGACAUACUCUAUCUCACAUGGGUUUUUACUGCCACUUACUUCCAUGUGAAUUGAUUUCAACAGACUGUCACUAUAUUUCAAAGAUGAUGGCAGCCACAAUUUUAACAGAGUACCUAUCACAAAAACGCAAAACACAAACGCACACACUCCUUUACAUGCACGUGAGUUGAGUCCUCAACAGGCUGCUCACUCACGCAUGCACAGAAUGUAAUUAAAAAAUGCAAGCAGGCCUGUGACAAGUGCAGGAAAGCUGCAAGAGACAAAAGCCAUGCUUCGUUUUAAACAUUUCCCGCAAAUAUAUUUAUAAUAUUCUUUCUUAUUAUUAUUGCCUUUGAAUUAUGAGGACAUGAUAAAUCCAGUUCAGAAUUAGAAGCCAGUGCCUCAAUAUUGUUAGACAACAAUAAAUGUUCCCCUCAAGUUAUUUACCAUUUAUAUUAAAAGCUAAUGGAGAUAUAAAAAUAUGUAUUUUUUACUAAAUUUGAAGGCGGAAUUUGAAAGUAAACUAAUUGAAGCCAGUUAACUAAGCACAGUGUGUGAAUAGAAAUGGUGCUGAUAAUAAAGAGGUGGUAUAGUCCUGUGAGAUGGCCUGUAUCUGCUGCAGGACAGUAGAAGCCACAGACACCUUGUCUCCAGUUGCCUUAAAGACUUGUUUUGUGUCAGCUGGCCCAGCUGCGUCACGCGGUUAACCUCAAGUUGUCAGGAUGAUAUUAGUGGUUUUAACAUUUGUAGGAGCAGCUGGGAAGGAAUCGGAAGAGCGAUGCAAGUAAAGAACAGCGCGUGGGGGAUGUUAGCGGAGGCAGCGUCGUCCGUUUAGUUUGCACUUUACAACUCAUUUGCUGAGACCAGCUGCUGGCACCUUCAUUACUGUACCUGCUCCAGCUGUGGUCUCUUUUCACGUGUCCUGCCUUGUCCUGUUAGAUCAUGCUGUGACUCAGUUAUGUGUCUUUGUUGUCACUCAUUGAAUGUAAAGUGAACACUGAUGUUGCUCAGUUGAAUUGUCCUCGCUGUCGUUCCCUCCAGGUUUUCUUGGUUGGUGUUGUUUUACGCGAGAGCACUGGAUUGUUGCCUUCCCACUGCUUUAGGACUGGUUUCACAACUAUGAAUAAUGGUCCAGUAAACACCAUAACUAAGGCAUUAGAAAAUUAAUAGCAACACAGUAAAAUUAUUUGUAAUUACAGUAAAACUGAACAAAAUGAAAAUUGAAAUUGAACAAUUGUCUUUUAUAGGUUGUUCUUGGCAUGUUUUUCUGUAUUAAUGCAUUUCAUUUUUAGGUUCUAUUAGCCUUGUGGAACAUUAGUCACGGACAUGCUACCAGCUGAGUGCCCUAAAUAAGAUGUGAUUACUGAGGGGCUGGUUUGUUGCUCUGCACGGUUUGAACAGUGUUUAGUUUUUGCCUUAUGAGUAUUAUAGAGACCCAUGGUUAAAACACAGCCCACUUUCUUUGUUACUCUGCUCGGCCCUUUAUUUAUGUGGUAUAUUAUUAUGCAUUCAGUUUUAUGUUGAUGUAGAUGUUGCCUUUCCUGUCUGUGAUGUCACAUGCUCUUCUCACUGCAAGUUGAUGAGGGAGAGACUCCCUGCUGCAAAACACAUGCAACUGCACAUUGUCAUCCUUCUGUACUCCACUUAGUCUGAAAUGACUUGUCCUCUGUAUAAUGAGCAACAUUGGUCAGAUCAUUCAUUUCUAAUACUGCUGUUUACUACAAAAUGUUUAUAAAUGAAGUGCACUGUAGACGUCAUGGGACGGAUUUGAAAACUCCUGACACAACCAGUAUUUACUGUCAAAUGUAGUACUGUACUAUUACACCUGUAUGCAACUAUGGCUACCAGUGGCAUGCUAGUCAUCUAAUCUUUAAUCUGUGUCCAGAGCUGGAAGCAACAGAGGGCAUAAUCAGAUACAGACUUACUGUGUUGUACCAAAGUGAGUAUGUGCUCCCCGUUUUUACUAGUGUAAUCAUAAAUGUGUGUGUACUCGUACUUGCAUUGAAGGGAGAACCAAAAACGUGUUAAAUCAAGAUGAGGACAUUUUGGCCAGUCCCCACUUCUUUGAAGGCCUGUUUGAAGAUCAAGAUGUGAUUUUAGCCUUUGGUUAUGAUGGUUAGGGUAAGGGUAAGGGGCUAGGGAAGGCAUUAAGGCAUUAUGUUAGUGGAGGUCCUCACUUCCUCACUUCAAUGUCAGUACAGUGUGUGUGUGUGUGUGUGUGUGUGUGUGUGUGUGUGUGUGUGUGUGUGUGUGUGUGUGUGUGUGUGUGUGUGUGUGUGGUUCGGUGGGAGAUAGUGGGCGCACAUGGUUAUUGUGAGGGAAUGUAACAGAGUUUGUUGGCGAGUGUGUGUAUGUGUGAAAUGUUUCCCUUGGGGUUUGGAUUUCUCGUGUUAUGCACUGCAUGAUAUUGCUGUUAUGAUUUGCACUUUACAUAUUUAUUGAACAACAAUAAACCAAAAUAAUGAAAAAGAA